AUGUUUCCAGAUGAAUCCCACCAGCACAGUGCUCUUCUCAACCUAUUGUUGCAUUUCAGGUGGAUCUGGAUUGGGGUUCUUGCGGUGAAUGAUGACAAUGGAGAGAAAUUUGUCCAGGAGGUGCUUCCCAUGUUUUCCCAGCAUGGCAUCUGCUUUGAUUUCAUACAAGACUUCCCUUAUGUACCUUUUUACAUUGAUUUUAAUGAAGCAGUAGGUGACGGGAUCCAAAUAUAUCAGGUUCUCAUGAAAAGCACAGCCAAUGUCAUAGUUUUAUAUGGUGAAAGUAGGUCCAUAACUUUUCUGAGAAUGUACUUGCAAUUGUCAGAAGUGGAGGAUAUACCUAAAAAGACAAAAAUCUGGGUUACAACAGCUCAGACAGAUUACACUUCGAUUUCUUUUUAUAAAUCGUGGGAUAUCCAUUUCCUGCAAGGUGCUUUAUCCUUUGCGGUUCACACAAAGGAGAUUGAAGACUUUCCGAAGUUUCUCGAAAGCGUAAGUCCAAUCAACAACCAGCAUGAUUAUUUUAGGAAAGAUUUCUGGGAACAGGCAUUCAACUGUUUCUUCACCAAUCCUGAAACAGAGAAGUCUGAGAACAAAUGUACUGGACAGGAGAGGCUUGAGACCCUUCCUACAUCUGUGUUUGAAACACGCAUGAGUGGCCAGAGCUAUAAUAUUUACAAUGCAGCCCAUGCUGUGGCACAUGCUUUGCAAUCUCUGUAUUUAUCCAAAUCCAAGCAAAGAACAUUAGUGAAAGAAAGAAGGCAGCAGUUUCCAAAUCAAGUAUUAUGGCAGCUUAAUUCCUUUCUAAGAAGUGUCUCAUUCAACAACAGUGUUGGUGAAAAGAUCACUUUUGACAAAAAUGGAGAAUUCAUUGGCGGAUUUGAUAUUAUCAACUGGAUCACAUUCCCAAACCAGUCUUUUAUUAGGAUCAAAGUUGGACGAAUAGAUCCCACAGCUCCACCUGACAAAUUCUUCAAUAUCUCUGGGGAUUCCAUUACUUGGCCAGUAGGAUUUCCUCAGGCACCACCUUGGUCUUUAUGUAAUGAUCCUUGUAAGGCAGGAUACAGCAAGGUCAAGCAAGAAGGGGAGUCAUUUUGCUGCUAUGAUUGUCUUCCAUGUCCAGAAGGGAAAAUAUCAGAGGAGAAGGACAUGGAUGACUGUUCUCAGUGCCCAGACGAUCAUUAUCCAAACCCUGGCAGAAAUAUAUGCCUCCCAAAGCACAUUAGCUUUUUAUCCUAUGAAGAACCCGUGGGGAUCAGUCUUACUACCCUUUCUCUUUGUUUUUGUUUAAAGACAAUUUUGGUGCUUAUAAUUUUCAUUAAAUACAAAGAUACUCCCAUUGUCAAGGCCAACAACCGGAAUCUCACCUACACUCUCCUUGUUUCUCUCCUCCUCUCUUUCCUUUGUGUAUUUCUGUUUAUUGGGAGACCCAACAAAAUUUUGUGUCUUCUGCGUCAACCAGCUUUUGGGUUCAUCUUCUCUGUGGCAGUUUCUUGCGUAUUGUCCAAAACCUUUGUAGUGGUUCUAGCAUUUAUGGCCACCAAACCUGGCUCCAAAAUGAGGAAAUGGGUGGGUGGAAGAAUGGUCACUUUUAUUCUUUUUUCCUGCUCCCUUGUUCAAACCACUAUUUGCAUAGUAUGGUUGACAUUUUUUCCACCAUACCCAGAUUUUGAUGUACACUCCAUGUCUGAAGAAGUCAUCCUGGUGUGCAAUGAGGAAUCGAUCAUGUUCUACUGUGUUUUGGGCUUUAUGGGUUUUCUUGCUCUGGUUAGCUUCUCUGCUGCUUUUUUAGCUAGGAAGUUACCUGACAGUUUCAAUGAAGCCAAAUUCAUCACCUUCAGCAUGUUGGUCUUCUGCAGUGUUUGGCUUUGCUUUGUUCCAACUUAUCUAAGCACAAGGGGGAAAUAUAUGCUGGCUGUGGAGAUCUUCUCCAUGAUCUCCUCCAGUGCUGGUUUAUUAGUGUGUAUCUUUUUCCCCAAGUGUUUUAUCAUUGUGAUUAGACCUGAACUGAACAAUAAGCAUCAGUUAAUGAAAAGAAAAUUAUAA